AUGGCCUACGGCAACCAAGCUCUAAACAUCAACCAUGUGGUUGGGCCUCAGGCAGACCUCGCCAUCACCACCCACGGAUCAGACUGGUAUUGGGCAGUUUGCGCCGUCAUGUCGGUCACGACCCUGAUCUUUAUGGGAAUGAGCUUCAUGAGGCCCCGUGCCGACCGUUUGUUUCACUAUAUUACUGCUGGAAUCACCCUUGUCGCUGCUAUUGCCUACUUUUCCAUGGGCGCUGGCCUUGGCCAAGUCCCGAUCCAGGCAGAGUUUGUCCGUGGUGGCAGUAAACAGGUGGCCGCUGCCGGGACUCGCGAGAUUUUCUAUGCGCGAUACAUAGACUGGGUCAUUACGACACCCCUUCUGCUACUUGAUUUGAUGCUCACGGCGGCCAUGCCGACCCCGACUAUCUUGGUGACCUUACUCGCCGACGAGGUCAUGAUAGUGUGUGGUCUUAUUGGUGCCUUGACUCAAACCAGUUACAAAUGGGGAUACUGGACGUUUGGCACUGUCGCCCUCUUCUUCGUGGCCUACCAAAUUGUCAUCGUCGGCUUGAGGCACGCAAACGUCCUCGGCGGUGCACCGAAGCGGACGUUUCUCAUGUGUGGAGUGUGGACACUCUUCCUCUGGUUCCUGUAUCCGAUUGCCUGGGGUCUUUCGGAGGGUGGCAAUGUUAUCCAUCCUGAUUCCGAGGCAGUCUUCUACGGUGUUCUUGAUCUGAUGGCCAAACCGGUUUUCGGAUUCAUGCUCAUCAUUGGGCAUAUGAAGAUCAGCGCUGCGGAUCUGGGGCUGAGUAUCCGCGAGACCAGCCCUCGUCGGGCUGCUGUCGAAAAACAAGGGGGAUCUCUGGACAAUCGCAAUGGGCAUAAUGAAGCAGGCGCAGGUGUCGGCGCGGCUGCAGGUGGCACUACAAAUGGACACAGCCCUGCGACAGGAAACGUCGCACAGCCUACCGUUAGUGUUUAA